AUGACCUGGCCAUCAUCCUGGACGACGAGGAUCCUCCUCGGACUUCUAGCCGUCACAUAUAUUUUUACGCCCGUAUAUUCUCUAGCCACGAUUGAAAAGUCGAAAUGCAUCAAGAACUGCGGAACCACCCGGAAAACGUCCGCCGAUGACCUCGUCUGUCCGGAUUCAGCGUACAAUAACACCCAGAAAGGGAGGACCGUGAAGGAUUGUCUGUUAUGUCAAAGCACUGGGACGGCAUAUAUCAACGAUGAGAGAAACGACAUCUAUACCUUUUUAGCUACUCAAAAAUACACGGUUCAGACCUGCCUCUUCGACCGCAAUGGCUCCAUAUCAGGCUGCCAAAAUGAAUGUACUCCCCUACAAAGCGUGUACAAGACCAACUGGUACGGCGGCAGCAAUUUCACCCCGAUUUAUACGUAUUGCGACGACGCCGGGUUCCAGCAGUACGCCGAUAAAUGUGAAUCCUGCUUACGCGGUAAAAACGGGACUUAUAUUCUUGGGAAUUUCAUCGACAACAUGGUCUCAGCUUGUACGAAUAAGCCGAAUGCCUCAGAAGGCGAAAUCGUCACCCUCCGGCAGCCCAUCUUCCAGGUUCCUGCGUCGGAAGCGGUGCCCGACGAAAGAGAUUCCUCGGAGGGCUUGUCAACGGGUGCGAAAGCGGGUAUCGGUGUUGGUGCGGGUGUUGGCGGACUUCUGAUUGUGGGGGCUUUGGUCUGGUUUUUCUGUAUCAGGAGGAGGUCGAAGAAGGUCGAUGCCCAUCAGUAUGAGCGACCCUGGCAGCAGCAGAAUCCGGAUGCAUUGUCGCCUGAUCCGCGGAGUGGGCCACCGAGUGAGAUGCCCGCCGACGCGGUUGUGAAGGGCCCGACUGAGUUAGAGGGGGAAGAUAAUACAAAGGUAAAAGUGGGCUCGGGAGGUAAUGAAGGUGAGCAUGGAAAGGAUAAGAAAGAGAGGCCAACAGAGCUCGUGGAAUUACCAUAA